AGUUAGGGACAGCUGGGGGAGCUCCUUGCAAAGGACUCGGAGCUGGCCGGGCCUCGGGCCAGCCGUCCUCCCUCUCCAUCCCUCCCUCCCAAGCCUCUGAGAUCAUUUUCAUGCGGCGUUAGAGGGUCCAAUCCAACAGCCCUCUCCCUUCGGGCCAGCGGGGUGGGGGGGCAAAGGGGCCUGCAAAGGAGUUGUCCCAAAUUCAAGGGAGGGCCUGGCCCCCCAGGAAGGAUGAUUGACUUUCUGUGGGUCCAGUAGAGGAAGAGGAAGAGGAGCUGGGAGGCGUGCCGGGGUAUGGAGGAGGGAGGAGGAACCCAGGCAGGGUGCUGCCCUGGGCUCAGUCCCACCUGGAGCAGGUGCGAGGGGCGCGUGUGCCCAUCGUCAGGGCGUCUGGGCUGCGGGGGUGGCAAGAUGCUGCGGGACCGCACCCUCCGGCUCCAGUACGGGAGCCGCAUCGAGGCCCUGUGCGUGCUGGGCACCCAGAUCUCCACCGAUGUCUACGGAGCGGCUCCGGCCGGUGCGGUCUCCUUCAGCCUGAAGCACACGGAGGCGGUCAAUGUGGAGGUCAUCACCGGGGAGCAAGUGGAGGUGGCGCCGGGGAACGGGGGGCCACGGUGGCCUCUCGACAAGGGGACGGUCCUGAGACUCAGCAUGAGCAAAGCCAGCAUGGAGGUCAAUGACAACAAGGUCACCGUGAGCUAUUAUGGAGAGGAAGAAGGACAGCCCAUUGACCAAGCUGGGGUCUUUCUCACAGGCAUCGGGAUCUCUCUGGACGUCGAUGCAGAUCGGGACGGAGUGGUGGAAAAGAACAACCCCAACAAGGCAACGUGGACUUGGGGCCCAGAUGGGCAUGGGGCCAUCCUGCUUGUGAACUGCGACAAGGAAAGCCCUUUCGUUCCCGCGCUGGACUGCGAUGACGAAAGAGUAUUCAGCAAAGAAGAUUUGCUGGACAUGUCUCGGAUGGUCUUGAGGACUGAAGGCCCGCAGAGGCUCCCCCGGGGAUAUGAAAUUGUUCUCUACAUUCCCGUCUCGGACUCUGACAAAGUCGGGGUCUUUUAUGUGCAGAAUCCCUUCUUCGGGCAGCGCUACAUCCACAUCCUGGGCAGGAGGAAGCUGUACCACGCCGUGCAGUACGCGGGUGGCCUUGCGGAGCUGGAGUUCUUCGUCGAGGGACUCCGCUUCCCUGAUGACAGCUUCCCCGGGCUCGUCUCCAUCCACGUCAGCCUCCUGGAGUCCCUGGCCGAGGGUAUCCCCCACACGCCGAUUUUCACCGACACCGUGGUGUUCAGGAUAGCGCCGUGGAUCAUGACUCCCAACACGCUGGCGCCAGUGAAUGUUUUCGUCUGCAGCGUGAAGGACAAUUACCUCUUCCUCAAGGAGAUAAAGAACCUAGUGGACAAAGCCGGCUGCCAGCUGAAGGUUUGCUAUGGCUACCUGAACCGUGGGGAUCGCUGGAUGCAGGAUGAAAUUGAGUUUGGCUACAUCCACGCUCCCCACAAAGGCUUCCCGGUGGUGCUGGAUUCCCCCCGAGAUGGAGGGCUGAAGGAUUUCCCCAUCAAGGAGCUGCUGGGCCCAGACUUCGGCUAUGUGACCAGAGAGCCCCUGUUUGAGGUUGUCACCAGUCUCGACUCUUUUGGGAACCUGGAGGUCAGCCCACCGGUGACCGUCGGUGGGAAGGAAUAUCCCCUGGGGAGGAUCCUCAUCGGAAGCAGCUUCCCCAUAUCUGCAGGGAGGAGAAUGACUAAAGUGGUGAGGGAUUUCCUCUAUGCCCAGCAAGUGCAGUCUCCCGUGGAGCUCUACUCUGACUGGCUGACCGUGGGCCACGUCGACGAAUUUGUCACUUUUGUGCCCGGUCCUGGCGCAAAGCGAUUUCGGAUGCUCAUGGCCAGCCCCGCGGCGUGCUACAAGCUGUUUCGGGAGAAGCAGAAGGAGGGCCAGGGCAAAGCCACCAUGUUCAAAGGCUAUUCCGGGACAGACACCAAACGGGUCACCAUUAACAAAGUCCUUUCCAACAACAUCAUGGUGCAACAGAAUCAGUACGUCCAGUGCUGCAUCGACUGGAACAGGGACAUCCUCAAAAAAGAGCUGGGCUUGACAGAGAGCGAUAUCAUCGAUUUGCCAGCCCUCUUCAAGAUGAACAAGAAAGGCAAGGCCACGGCGUACUUCCCAAACAUGGUCAACAUGAUCGUGCUCUCCCAAGACCUGGGCAUCCCCAAGCCGUUCGGCCCCAUCGUCGAGGGGGAGUGCUGCUUGGAGCAGCACGUCCGCUCCCUCCUGGAGCCCCUGGGCUUGACGUGCAGCUUCAUCGACGACAUCUCCUCCUACCACAAGAACCUGGGGGAGGUCCACUGCGGCACCAACGUCCACCGCCAGCCCUUCUCCUUCAAGUGGUGGCACAUGACGCCCUAGCACAUGACGCACUCGGAGACGGCUUUUUGGCACUCGCGGCCGUGUGUUCCUGCUUGCGGUUCGGUUAACCUAGGUGUGAAGUGCCAGGCGUGUUGUGCACCCCACAUCUCUGCCCAGUCCCUGCCUUGGUUCACGUUAUUGCUUCCUUAGUGCCCUUGGCGGGCCGUGGAGAUGCAGCGAUGGGGGGAGAUAAACCAUGGAAAAACCACGGAGAAAAACAACAAUUUCUGGUGCCACGGAUUUGUACCGAUGAGAAUAAAACGAGGAAGACAUUUCAGGAGUGUCUU